GUGUAUCAGGGGCGUGCACUUCCUCCUCUCACAGUCUCUCUCCUCUUCUCUGCAGGGCACAACGUGAGACUAUUCCGCCUGGACAGUCACACCGGUCACAGUGGGUCCAGCCAUCGCCAUGUCCGUCUGGUCGGCGCUCGUCUUGCUGUUGGGGGUGUCGGUGCAGGCACAAGAGUCCAGCUCUUUUACAGGCGUCUGUUCCAGAGAGGUGGAGAGGAUUCCAGUUAUACACAAUGAGACAUUCAUUCAGCCAGUGUACAAGCCUUAUAUCACAAUGUGUCCGGGUCAUCGUACCUGCAGCACCUACAGGACAGUGUACUCCGUGUUAGUCCGGCAGGUGAAAAGGGAAAUCUUAAAGGUAAAUUCCAUUUGUUGCCCGGGAUGGAAGAAAAAGGAACCGAAUUCUGAAUCCUGCGAGGAAGCUGUUUGCCGUAAACCUUGUCAGAACGAUGGGACGUGUGUCAAGCCCAACAUGUGUCGCUGCCCCGCAGGGUGGGGAGGAAGGUACUGCCACGUGGAUAUAGAUGAGUGUCGCCGCCCGUCCCGUUACUGCCCCCAAGUGUGCAUCAAUACGAGGGGCAGCUUCCGCUGUGACUGUAACCCGGGAUAUGCUCUGGGGGAAGAUGGAAGAUCCUGUAUAAAAACCAAGGAGAACAAGCCCCAAGUGUCUGUACUGGCCCAACAACCUGAAGAGUCUUCGAAUAAACUCUCUAACGAGGUGCAGGACCUCCGCAGCCUUGUGACAUCCCUGGAGCAGAAGUUGGACAGCGCCCUCUCCGCCCUGCAGAGACUCUUCCCCAUUAAACUGUCGGAGAUCCGCUCGGAUCAGGUGCAGGAAUUCUGGGAGAAGAUUCAUAGUUUGGAUCGGGUGGAUUAUCUAAGCGAUCAACUCAUGUUUAUGGAGGAGAAGAUGGGAGAAUGUUCCUGCCGCAGCAAUGACAUUGAGAUGCCUAUAGAUCUGAAGCGCUGACCCACCGAAGAUUCCCCCUAAUUAUUUAUACCCCUCCCCCAUGGAAGACACUUAUUUAUGGUCCCCUUUUUCCUAUUUAUAACCCUCAUUCCUUGAGGCCAUGAUAUCAUCAAUAAAUACUAUUUGU